GUUUUUCAAACCGGAAAUCCGGUUGCUGUAAUCAUUGACGCUAGCUUCACGCUAGCCAGGUAGUUUUCACAGUUACUUGCAACGUUUGCAAAUUAGUCAGAGGCAAAAGUCCACACUGGUCUGAAAGCAAGGUUGCGCCACAUCACUUCAACAUGACCAAGCACGAGUUUGAGGUGGCGAUGACAUGCGAGGGAUGCUCAGGAGCUGUUACCAGAGUCCUCAACAAGCUGGGAGAUGUGAAGUUUGAGAUCGACCUGCCUAAGAAACUGGUUUGGAUCGAGUCCGACAAAGAUGUGGACGUUCUCAUGGAGACACUGAAGAAAUGCGGAAAGGAGGUCAAGUACAACGGCCCCAAAUGAAGGAAACUGCUUCAUGUAGAACAGGUGACACGGUCAGAAUCAAGUCCACAUAGAUUUUCCCAUGAGUUUUUUUCUGACCACCACAAAUGAUUCCUGAAUCAGAGGACAAAAAAACUAUUGAUCUUUCUCUCUCUGUAACUGUACAUUUAAUCUAAAUAUAUAUAUAUAUAUGCUAGAUAUAGCAUAUUAGUCCUGCAAGUCACAACUAUCUUUAUUAGUAAUUGAUCAGUUAUGGAUAUAUAAAUAUAAUGUCAUGUACUUCUUCUGUGUAUUUUCUACCUUAGAAAAUCAUUGCUGCUGAUGUAAGUGAAGUAUGCUGGAAUUCAAGUUCUGUACUUGUUAGGAAAAGUCUGGUGGACCCUAAGUUACCCUGAUUAGAUGCAAAAAAAAACCUCCACACCUCCAGGCUCACACGCACAAAAAACGACACAGAUCUUCUCUGUGUUGGGAUUUACAAGGCUGGAAAUGCCAAGCAAUGUUUGGAGAAUGACUCAAAGAUCGUAAUGUCCAUCUGUGAAGCGCCAUUUACGUGCAGCGCUAUACUCGCCAUCUGCCCGCCUAAUUGUGUUUGUCCUCCAUGUGAUGGAGGAAAAGGUAAAAAGGUUAUGAUGUUGUUGGUUCUCCUCCACAUUCACAGUGGCCUGGUCUCAAGAAUCACUCUAUAAGCUUUCUCAUUCAGUAUACUGAUUUACAGACCUGUAUUCUGAGAGGGAAAAUAUGAUUUAUUAUGUUUUGUGUUACUUUCAGAUCAUCUUUGUUUGAUAAGUAACAGACUGGGAUGAGGCAGGGCUGUGCGGUGACGCCAUAUACGUUUUUGUUUACAAACCUCAGCAGUAAAAUCAAAAACAUCCAGACAUACAACUGGAGAUUUGAAGCAUGGUUGCCAUUUUAAUGUAAUUAUGUAUGUAACCUGUUUGUGUGAAGAUCACCUCAAGUCACUACCAAACUUCCUGUUACACGAUUGAAGUAUUCCCCGUACAACACACUGCAGACUAUUGCCUAGAUUUGCCCGAACCUUAACUCAGUAUUAUUGCAUCUGUUGGAUUUGACAUAGUCAUUGUUUCAAAGCUCCAUGUAUAAAACUGUCUGUACCAAGGAGGAAAACUCAGUCUGUCUUCAUCCCUUCAGGGACCAUCUCUGCUGGACUUGAUUUUGUAAAUGUGCUUUCUUUUACCUUCAUCACAGUUUACACUACAAUAAUCCACUAACACCACGGGACAAAUAUAUCAUGAUAAUUACUGACAGAUAUCUUUGUUUUCUCAGCGUGAAUCCCUUGUUGUUAUUCACUCAUCAUAUUUGUUAAUUUGAGAAAAACUGUCUGCCUUGAUAUGUUGUGUACGCAGAGGGGAAAUAAAGUCUGCCCCAGUA